UGAUGUCUUUGAAAAUGCGAAGUUCAACAACAAAUUUAGCGAUCAUUUAACAUAUUACGUUGAGCAAACCAAAUUGAAUUGUUUGCGUUGGCUUGCAGAGUGUCUUAUUCAGAGGGAGGAGUUCUAUGAAGCAAUUGAAAUGUGCAAAAGGGCGUUAAAGAUAAAAGAGCACAGCAAAGUUCUUUUUGUAAUCGGAAAGGCCUACGCAAAGCUGAAUCAAAUCGACCGUGCCCUUAAGCUCCAACGCAGAGCUCUGAAAUUAGACCCCAGUUCAAAAGAUAUCUUAAAAGAGCUGUGCUCGUUAACAAACCAUAAACUUAAAGAAUUGUUACUUGAACGACAAAGCCUACAGCUUAUGCUAGAUUCGUCUGAAGUAAAUACUCCUCCUGUUCGCAAAGACGCUAGCUGUUGUAAAAGGGUGCGAACUGACAUUUCACAAGAUGAUCGCAGAAACCUUAGUUCUAAAAAAGCUCGAGUUGAAAGUCUCAAAGGUGAAAAUAUCACGCUAUUAUCAAACAUUGGCUAUAUGCUAUGUGGGUUUAAAACCACGAAAGUCCCUUCAGAAACAAUAAACUCAAUAGUAGUUACGUCCCCUAGAGGUACAGUCAAUCUAAACACGUACGCAAAUCCUGAGGCAGAAGAUCAGGAUGAAUAAAACAAAUAGAA